AUGAUGCUGUCUUUCAACGCCCGGUUUUUGUUACUAUCGUUGGCAUUGUCUGCAUGUUGGGCGGAGCUCAACAAAACAGAAUUGAGAGACCGUGCCUAUGAGAUGUUCAUGCAUGGCUAUCAAUCCUACAUGACAUAUGCCUAUCCAGCAGACGAACUUAUGCCGUUAUCCUGUCGAGGACGAGUACGAGGAGUAACUCCAAGUAGAGGAGACGUUGAUGACUCUCUUGGAAACUUUUCUUUGACGCUAAUCGACACUCUGGACACGUUAGUAGUUGUCGGUGCUUUGGAUGAAUUUGAGAGGGCUGUGAAAUUGAUUGUCGACAAUGUGCGCUUUGACUCCGAUCUCAUUGUUUCUGUAUUCGAAACCAACAUUCGUAUUCUUGGAGGCUUACUUUCCGGACACUUAAUGGCCGAAUUAAUUCGUGGUAAAGAUCCCUCGCGCCUGCAAUGGUACGAUAAUGGACAGUUGUUAAAAAUGGCCAUAGACAUUGGUGAUCGUCUGUUACCUGCCUUCAAUACGUCGUCGGGUCUUCCUUACAGUAGGGCCAGAAAGGCUAUGGAUUUUCUAUGGGGCCAACGACAUCGUGCAUCGGAUUUGAUGGGAACUGUUUUGAAUGUUCAUUCUGGCGAUUGGGUUCGGAGAGAGAGCGGCAUUGGCGCUGGAAUCGACUCUUACUACGAGUACUGUCUCAAGGCAUACAUUCUUCUAGGUGACAAAAGCUUUUUGGAGCGUUUUGAGAGGCAUUAUGAGGCUGUGAUGAGAUAUGUGAACAAAGGACCUUUAUUCGUUGACGUGCAUAUGCACAGACCUACUGUAGCAACACGCUCAUUCAUGGAUGCUUUACUAGCGUUUUGGCCUGCUCUCCAGGUUUUGAAAGGAGACGUUAAGCGAGCCAUUGAAAUGCAUGAAAUGCUUUUCCAAGUGGUUCAGAAACAUAAGUUUUUACCUGAAGCGUUCACUCAUGACUUCCAAGUGCAUUGGGCUGAGCACCCUAUCCGUCCGGAGUUCAUAGAGAGCACAUAUUUCCUUUAUCGUGCAACGAAAGAUCCUCAUUACUUGGAAGUGGCGAAGCAGGUUAUGGAUAGCAUUAAUGACUACGUACGGGUUCCUUGCGGCUUUGCCGGCGUGAAAGAUGUCCGAACAAUGUCGCACGAAGAUAGAAUGGAUUCAUUCGUACUUUCGGAAACUUUCAAGUACUUGUACAUGAUUUUUGCCGAGCCUUCGGAGCUUAUCUUUGAUCCGGACAAUUACGUUCUCACAACUGAAGCGCAUUUUCUCCCUUUGAAUAUUGGCAAUGAACAGAGCGAGGUUCCUCGGCGCAUGCUCAUUCACCCGGAUGACAUAUCGCUGUCGUCCAAAGAGUUUUAUGUGUACGCUAAUCCACCCGGUGCCAACCAAUAUCCCACAGAAGCCGGGGAAGCGCUGAGGAUACGUGAACGAACUCAGGGUGUUCUCGAAGAGUUGUUCGAUAUGCAGCGGCAACAGCAAUCUUCUCAACAACCGCUACAGUGUGUCAAGCCGUCAGAACGUCUGCGGGCGUGGGCAUUUUCUGCAAGCAAUGCCGAACAUAUCAAACAAUUACGACAAAUGGGCAUUGACGUACAAGUGCACGAGGACGGGCGCAUGCAUUUGAGUCACCAAACGACUGAUGCGGUUAGUCCUCAAAUGGCGAAGUGUGGCAUCGAUUUUAUGCAAGAGAUGCUGCAGCUCACGUCACAAAGGGAAAAUGAAAGUGAGAUUCGAGGUUUCCGCUAUGUGCAAAUUCUGUCUUCGCCGUACUUCGGCUAUCCAGUGUUCCGUGCGGCUCCCGCUCAGUAUGGAGCGGAUUUGGAAAGUUCACCGGCUGAGGGUGAAGUUGCUAUCGCGGAGCCCUUACGAGCAUGCUCUCCUCUGACAAACAAAGACCAAAUUCGUGGACGGAUCGCUUUAGUGGAACGAUCCGAUUGCAUGUUCCAAGAGAAGUCACGACAAGCUCAACAAGCUGGGGCGAUCGGUGUUAUUGUUAUUGAUCACAUCAUUGGGACCUCGUCGGCGAAUGAACCAUCUUUUGCUAUGGCAGAGGAUAAGGACUCGCCAGACGACAUAGCUAUACCGUCGUUAUUCGUCUACUACAAAGAAGGGCAGCAAUUACUGAAGGCUGCUAGAAGUGGAAGCAAAGUCGUGGUGCGACUCUCCAGUACUCCUCUACUACCAAAUUCAUUGGUGGAGCAGUUCUUGAUGUCUGGAAUGCUUCCUUCUGUAGAAGAUAACAUGAUGUGUUUGAUUUCUGAAGGCGACUUCAUCCAGAUUGACAACGAGGUUCCGAGUGUCAUAUUCAAAUUUCGCUUCGAGUCUGUCACUCAAGAAAGUGAGCCGCAUGUCCACCAAGAGGUAGUAGCUUUGUCGAAGGAUGUAUCCGUUUCAUGUGCGCGAUUUUCUAUUGCAUUUCGUCUUCAGAUUGUUGAGAGACAUGUCACAAAUCUUCAAGAUGCGGUUGGUUUCAACCGUCCUGGUCAGAGGGCUGCUUUUUUCAACCUGAUGCGGACGGCAGCUUACGGUGCUCUCGGUCUAAACGUACAGGAUGAAAAUUUGAAGACCGUAGAGCAGGCGUUACGUGAUGCAUAUCUAUUACAUUUGCCACCAACAAUACAUGAAAAUUUACGAGGUGAUAUCACUCAGGUCCGAUGUCUUCCACGUGCCGAAAAGGUUCAAUGCGUGCGGAUAGCUGCAUGA